ACAACAUUUCUCGACCUUGGAGGUUAUUCUGCAACAUUCACGAAAGCGCGGACUUUAUUUCUUAAAUAUCCUUUAUUUAACUGCAAAGUUAAGCUAGCUGGGAGUAUGUAUGAAGGAACCAAAGUGAGAAUUCGAGAUUGAUUUGAUUAUUUAUUUAUCCUUUCCGAUUUCUCCGGACUGUUGAGGAUGAUAUGUUUCCUGAAAGUUUUGUGAAAAUCCGGAUAAGAUCAGGAGAUCAGAAUUCUCCCUAUGAUAAAUAUCUUGACAGUCAAUUGUUUCUUCAAGAGUUCUAUGAAUGUGUAAAUGAAGAAUUGGGAAUAAUACUCAAAGAAAACGAAGACUACUGUCAUAUUGUGCUUCUGGAAGCCAAAUUUUUCUAUUCCUCAGUAGAUGUUGUCCCUGCUCUACAGUUUGCAGACUGGACACCGAAGCAUCUACAUUGCCAAAAGAAAGAUAUUUGCCAAAAUGAAACUGUGGACAGAUAUUCAACAGUUAUUAUGAAAACCCCUGAUAGAUGUCAUGUGGAAGAUUUUACUUUGUUCUAUGGAAUUUCUUAUUCUUAUUUAGAACAGAGUAUCAUUAAAGACAUUCCAUGUCCUGUUAAAAAGAGUUACAUCCUUCUAAAAAUUUUAGUGGAAUCUGGAUAUUUCCCUAAGAUUGUGGACCAUGAUUUCAACAGAGCUGUGAAAACCUAUAUAACAAGUUAUCACCUGAAAACUUGUCUUCUUAACGAAUGGUAUGAACGGACCCUUCACUAGGAUAAAAGUUCCACAAUAACCAAGGAUAAUCAAAAUGAAGUCUCGAUAGCAUGGGCCGGGAGAAUAUUAAAUCGUUUUCAGAACA